GAAAAUUACUGGCGUCGAGAUGCAUUGGGCGUAUCAUGUUACAUUACUGACCAAUCAGACCCAACUGGCCGCCACAACGUUUAGUUCACGUCUGCACAGGCGUUUAAACAAACUCUAAUCUCAAUCUGUGUGUAGAUUUGCCAAUCAUAGCUAGAAUUCUGGAUACGUACCCUUGUACAUGUAUUAUAGGAAGACAAUACAGAUUCGCUUAGUCUAAUGAUGAACAAAAUGUCUGCUCGGGAAGUCGUCCUACUGUUCAUCGCUAGUAUUACGGCCCAUUGCUGUCUUGCGGCAGAAUAUGGGAUAAUCGUUGAUGCGGGAAGCAGUGGAAGUCGGGCGAGAAUUUACACAUGGCCAGAGAGAACGUCGCUUAAUCAAAUUCUUCAACUGAGUGAGGUCGCUAACAAAAAAAUUAAGCCCGGGCUGAGUGCGUAUGCAGGUGACCCGACGGGUCUAAGGAACCAUAUCGGUGUUCUCCUUGGCGCGUGUAAGGAAAACGUUCCAGUUGACAAACAGGCGGAUACGCCAUUCUAUAUAAUGGCAACAGCUGGAAUGAGACUACUCCCGGGUGGUGAAGCUUUCUCGAUUUACCAACAAAUCAACACCAUGCUCUUUAAUAAGUCAUUUUGCCCGUUUGAAUAUAAAAAGGGGAACGCCAGGACUCUGUCCGGGGAAGAGGAGGGGGCAUUCACGUGGAUAUCUGCAAAUCAGCUAAACGGAUUAUUUGGAGAAAGCCGUACUACAAAUAAAAUUGUUGGAAUUCUUGAGAUGGGUGGAGCAUCUACUCAGAUAGCGUUUGUUCCCGAGCGUAGCGUAUUGGCGGAUAAAUUCCCUGUGUAUGUAGCUGGACAGUACUACCCUCUCUAUGUCCACAGUUAUCUAUAUUACGGUCAGAAUUACGCAAUACAAAAAGUAAAGGACAAUUUAUUUCGAAAAUACGAUCGAACGUCCGGGGCUGCCAUCAGCAAUCCGUGUAUGCUGAACGGGGAUGAGAUCACAGAAACUAUGGAUGGCCUUGACGUUACAUUUAUCGGUACUGCAAAUGCGGAUCAUUGUUUAGAAGUCAUACGUGAAGAACUAGUUUAUAAAGUUCCGGAUUACCAAUGCUAUCCGAAGCCAUGCGCCAUUGGACAGAACUACCAACCGAUAGCCCCAAAGGAAAUGACAUUUUACGCUGUUUCUGCUUUCGUGUAUGCAGUUUUAGGUGUCGGCGCAGUCGAGGAAAAUGAUUUGACAACUGCCAGAAGAAUCGAGGCAAAGACACGAGAAUUUUGCAAGCUAGAUAUCAAAACUGCCAUUAAUCGAUUAGGCAGAUAUGCGAACUCUCGUUGUUUGAUCGGUCUUUAUACAAGCAGCCUGUUGACCGAUGGGUUUGGAUUUGGCAAAGAUAAGAAGAUUAACGUUGCUGGGGAAAUAGCUGAGCAUGAUCUUACAUGGGCACCAGGAGCCAUGGUUUAUGAGGUAGAACGCCGCGAAAGGGGACGCAUCCUCGACAUCGACGAAGACUCGUCAUCUGGCGAAAGUGAAUCUGGGGACUGCUAUUAGAAAACCAGUGACAUUUCAUGAUCAACGGGUAUAUCAGGGAAUAUCAUAACCUCAAACCUCAAACAUCUUCUAAAACUUGAUUUCCAUGUGUUGAUGGGAUAACUAUAUCAAUUAGUCAUUUAAUACAUUUUCAUUUCCUUGGUUUUUGGUAAAUGAUAUAUAUUUAUCCCUCAUAGGUUUGGUUCUAUUGUUCUCUAACAAAUAUCGUUGGCCAGUAUCUGGAAAAGGAAACGGGUGGCUAUCUUUUCUCAAAUGCCCAUUGCGAUAUUUUUUAGUUUUAGUUGAAGCAAACGCUUUUCCGGAUACAUUCGGCUUUGAUGAUUUCGACCACGCCGAGUUUGUAUAGCAUGUAGAAACUCCGUACGUAACGUGAUAGAUUGUUCUUAAUCGUGAACGCCACGAUUUAAAC